CAUCGGUUCUCUAUUCCUCCUCCUCUUCUCAAAUUCCCUAUUUUAUACAUAGCUGAGCAGGUCCUGCUGUAAAUUUGCAUAGCCAAAAGAUUGCACUGACCAGACAGGUCUAAUUGUUUACAAAUAGACUGAAAGGAAAAUUUUAUCAACAGUUCAUGAUUUAGUGGAGAGGGGUUCAUUGAUCACAAGAAUUUCUGAGUUGAGAAGAGAAUGUCUGGAGGUGGCACGCAGCAGAGCUUGCGGAAAGCUCUUGGAGCCAUCAAGGACUCCACGAAAGUUGGAUUGGCGAAAGUAAACAGUGAUUACAAGGAAUUGGAUGUUGCAAUUGUCAAGGCCACAAACCAUGUUGAGUGCCCUGCGAAAGAAAAACACAUACGGGCUAUUUUUGCUGCUAUUUCAGCAACAAGACCACGGGCUGAUGUGGCAUACUGCAUCCAUGCUCUUGCUAGACGCCUUGCCAGGACUCAUAAUUGGGCGGUUGCAUUGAAAACAUUAAUUGUUAUACAUCGUGCUUUGAGGGAAGUCGACCCCACUUUUCGUGAAGAACUCAUUAACUAUGGAAGGAGCAGAAGCCAUAUGCUCAACCUGGCCCAUUUUAAGGAUGAUUCCAGCCCAAAUGCAUGGGAUUAUUCUGCAUGGGUCCGCACAUAUGCACUAUUCUUAGAGGAGCGGCUUGAAUGUUUUCGCGUUCUUAAGUAUGAUGUUGAGACAGAUCGCCCUAGAACCAGGGAUCUGGAGACUGCUGAGCUGCUUGAGCACUUGCCAGCUUUGCAACAGCUCCUUUUUCGCCUGCUUGCUUGCCAGCCACAAGGAGCAGCUGUCUAUAAUUUUGUGAUCCAAUUAGCACUUUCGAUGGUUGCUGGGGAAAGCAUUAAGAUUUAUAAUGCUAUAAGUGAUGGUACUAUUAAUUUGGUUGACAAGUUCUUUGAGAUGCAACGGCAUCACGCUAUCAAAGCCCUUGAAAUAUACCGGAAAGCAGGGCAGCAGGCUGAAAGGUUGUCUGAGUUUUAUGAAAUAUGUAAAAGCCUUGAUCUUGGGCGUGGAGAAAAGUUCAUCAAGAUUGAGCAGCCUCCAGCAUCAUUUCUCACAGCCAUGGAGGAGUAUGUGAAGGAUGCUCCAAGAGCUUCAUCAGUUCGCAAGGAUCAGGUGAUCGAAGAUAAAAGUGCUGCUCCCAAAGUUGUCUUGGCACUAGAGUAUAAGAAAGUUCCAGAAGUGCAGGAGGAACCUAAACCACCCCUAUCACCGCCUGAACCGGUUAAAGUGGAAGUUCCUGUAUCAGAACCAUCUGAUCUGUUGGGAUUAAAUGAUUCCAAUCCAGUUGCAUCUGAACUAGAUGAGAAAAAUUCUAUGGCGCUUGCCAUUAUUCCAGCUGAGAAUUCUUCAAAUGGUGUUGCUUCUGCUGGUCCGGAUUUAGCAAGUGGGACUACAGGCUGGGAGUUGGCACUUGUGACUGCUCCAAGCUCAAACGAUGGUGCUUCGGCCACGAGUAAACUGGCUGGUGGGCUGGACAAGCUUACAUUGGAUAGCUUAUACGACGAUGCCAUGAGACGGACAAACCAGAAUGCAAGCUAUAAUCCAUGGGAGGCAAUGCCAAUUGGCGGUCCUUUGGUUCAGCAAGUGCCACAUGACCCGUUCUAUGCCUCUAAUGCAGUGGCGGUACCUCCCUCUGUGCAGAUGGCUGCAAUGGCAAGCCAACAGCAGGCUUUCAUGUUGCAGCAGCAGCAGAUGAUGAUGGUGGGUCAACAACCACAACAGCCGGCUGUUAAUCCAUUUGGCAAUCCGCAUGGAGCGGCUAUACACCCGUAUGGCUCUGGCAUGCCACCACCUCUUCAGAUGUACAACCCGUACACAGGCCUUAUUUAGGUGAUGGAAGGAGAGCCAAUUGAUUAUGGAGAACUGUUUGAAGCCAUCACUACUGAUGUCAGGAGGUUCGAUACGGAGGAAUGUACCAUAUAUAUCAUGUAUGUUCAGUGAGAGGAAGUCUGCAUGAUUGAUUUUUUUGGACACAUGGAUGAGUUCCAAAUAAUGUUUGUUCCAAGAUUUAUGUGAAGGUUAUGGAAUAUACAGAGUCUGUUAUGCCCCUAGACUAGUGGUUAGUGGAAAAUUCAGGUUGCACCCAUUUGUUUGUAACAGACCUUUUGAAUUACCGUCUAUCACAUCUGGUGAUAUAUAUUGCACUCUUUGGUAUUCAUGUACAAUGGAUUGUUCUCUCUC